UGUGCAGCUGGAGCUGACUGUUGCUUCCAGCAGUCGGUGGUGGUGAGAGAAGGAGCAAGAAAGGCCAUCCCAGGUGGUGUGGGUGCAAGAGGGAAGACCAUCCCAGCUGGUGUUGGUGUGAGAGGGAAGACCAUCCCAGCUGGUGUGGGUGUGAGAGAAAAGACCAUCCCAGCUGGUGUGGGAGGGAUGGCAGGCAAUGUGUUAGUGGGGCUUGGUGCCUGUGCCCUUCUAGUUCUGUUUUUGGGCCCCAGCAACACCUUGUCUACAAUGUUGCCACCACGCCUGAGCUCCAAACAGAGUGUGUUACGGGUAACUGAAGGCCAGACUGGAGCUGUACUGGAUUGCAAUUUAGAUGUUGGUGAUGACCCUAUUGCUUACCGCUGGCUCAAGGAUCAUCAGUUGGUUACAGGAGCCCUUGGAUUCGCCUACCGAGGAUACCGCCAAGUCCUUCUUGCCUUUCAUUCCAUAGAGAGACAACAUGCUGGCACAUAUGUCUGUGAAGCUUCCAACGAGGCAGGAGUUCAUUCUCAAGCCAUUAAGGUCAUUGUUGAGAGUGAUGGUUCUCAGAGCAGAAUGAGUGAUGAGUUACCCCACACUGAGGAACUUCUCAUUGAUAUGGCCACUUCAAUAAGUGAUGUGCUGGCAGAGGGAGAGUGUAUUUGUGACACACUCUUCUUGCUGCAUUCAUCGACUGAUGCACCUUCUGAGACACUAGCAGCCCAAGCUAACUUGGUACACACAAUUGCAGACAGCAUUAUUUCAGAAUCUACCAGGGUAAGCGUGUUGACGUAUUCCGAUUACACAGUCACCAAGUUAUCUUUUGGAGAUGGGGUCAAUCGUUGUGCUCUGAGAAAUGCAUUCCAUGACAUGUCCCAUGAGAGGUGGGGAACACGUAUACAACCUGUGCUUAGAGAAGCAUUUAAAAAAUUCAGAAAAUCCAAGGCCACCUGCAAAGUGAUGUUUUUGCCUAUCUUUGGCUCCCUUGGGAUGGAAGGAGCAGAUGUAAUUGAAGCUCAAAAGCUAAAAAAAAUUGGUGUGAAGAUUUUCAUCCUCGAAGUGACACCGAAGCCCUUGGAUGGCGUGAUGGAGAUGGCUUCCAAACGUGGCGAUGGGCAGCCCUAUUACUGGCGGGUGCCCCUGCGCAUCUGGCCAACUAUUGUUACGUAUAUGAAAUACAUGUCUGAUGAGCUUGAGGGGUGUACAUCACAGGAGGACAUCCCUGGUAAGUGUGUCAGUGCUGGUGGUGAAUGCUUUAACAGCAGCACAUGUCUCGGUGCAGGAAUGGGUUGCGUCAGUGGCAGCUGCCAGCAUCUCGAGUGUAGAGAUAAUUCCCAAGGAUGUUGCACAGGCUCUAAUCAGUAUUGGUGUGGUGAUGUGACAAAUCAUUGCACACCUGCUUCCAGCACUUGCGAUGGACGAAUUCAAUGUAUGAAUGGAGCUGAUGAGGACAAUUGUUGGACAAAAAAAUGCCCCGAGGAGAAAAUUGUACGUUGCCAGAGUAGCACAUUAUGUCUGGAUCUGAUGGAUCUGUGCGAUGGUGAGCCAGCUUGCCCAGGAGGAGAGGACGAGGACCCACGCUUCUGUAGAUCCUUCCCUUGUCCGAAGGAUAGACCCUUUAGGUGCCGAAGUGGAAAGUGCAUUGAAAAUCAAAACCUUUGUGAUGGUGUCUUUAAGGAUUGUGAAGAAGGUGAAGAUGAGGACCUAGACUUCUGCAGUAGAGUACACGUCUGCCCCAGCACUCGGCCUUUCAAGUGUGACUAUGGCAAAUGUAUUGCUGAAAAGAUGUUAUGUGACGGCUCAUAUAAUUGUCUUGAUGCAACAGAUGAAUUGGUAUGUGGCGAAAAGAGUUGUCCUGCUGAACGGCCCUUCAAGUGCUUAAGUGGUCUUUGUAUCAGCAUGGAUGAGGUUUGCAAUGGGGUAAAGGAUGGCUGUGAUGAUGGCUCCGAUGAAAACAAUUGUACUGCAGUACCCUGUCCCCCUGGUCGAAACUUCAAGUGUUCUAAUGGUCGAUGUAUAGAUGGGUGGUUAAUAUGCAAUAAAGUUAAUGACUGCGGAGAUGGAAGUGAUGAAUUGAGCUGCGAGGCAACGAGUACAGUUACCCCAGAACCUGAGGAACCUAGUUGUGAUGAGACAGAAUUUUUGUGUGAUAAUGGGGCCUGUAUCCCUAAAAAUAAGAUAUGUGAUGGGAGAAAGCAUUGCCUCAGUGGUGAUGAUGAAAUGGAUUGCAAGUCUCGCCCUUGCCCACCUGACCGGCCACAUAAGUGUGGAGAUGGCACUUGCGUGACUUCAGCUCCACCUUGCGAUGGCGUUCAGCAUUGCGGCGAUGCAUCCGAUGAAAUAAACUGCACUCAUACAGAGGAAAAAGAUUUAGAUGAAGGCUCAUACACUGAGAAAGAUACUGAUUAUGACUAUGACGAUAAUGAAUAUGAAGAUAAUGAGUAUGUUUACAUAACAGAAAAGCCAGUACCAAAAACGACAACAACAACAACCCUUCCACCACCCAUUAUUGAGGCUGGGGAGCCGGAUGAGACUCCACUUCCACCACUCAUUAAUGAUCCAGAUGAGACUCACAUUGACCCUGUUGAGCCUGAUUCAUAUGACAUUUUAGACCCUACGACGACAAAGAGUUGGAGGAACCAGCAGAUAACACUCCUGUGCACAGUCAUGAUGUAGAUGAUAUAACAAGUGAUGUAGAUGCUGCUAAGCACGAUGAUGAAGAGGAUGAUGAUAAUACCGAGACUGACGAAACUAACGCUGAAACUGUGGAAACUAUUUUCAAAGAAGUAGAACCUGCUGCUUCAAGUGAGCAAGGUGUAUCAUCAGCUCUAUGUGUUGCACCAGUUUGUACACUCAUUAUAGCACCCAUGUUUGUUAUCAGUUUCAGACAUGUGUGGACAAGGUGAAAUUCAGUGGGUUGAGUGACUCUUUUGAUCUGCAACUAAGGCUGAGAUGCUGAAAGGAUGAAGUAGAAGAUAUGUGAGGGCAAGUUUUUAUUGUGAAAAUGGUUUGCUCUUUGUGAAGAGCAUUAUCAAAUCUUAAAGACUUCAUAAAGCUCUGUACAAAACAGAAUACUGUCACAGUUAAAGCCUGCUUUGUAUGCAGUAUGUGCCUUCUACUCCAUCAGUAACGAACUUCAUUGUAGAGGCUAUAUGCGACUCAUUUGCCACGAAAGUAUUAGAUACCUUAGGAAUGUUCCUAAGUAGCCCCAGAUGUUCAUUUUCUUAUGUAUCUGAUGUGAAUAGUGACACAUUACAUAAAACUUACUUUGACCUUAUAUAGGGUAAAUCAAAAUGCCCAUUAAUGAACACAGUCGUACACCAUAUAUGAGUCUGCAAGUUUGAAAAAGCAAGUUUGUAUUGCAUUUGUAUCUUGUCAGUGAACGUAACCCUUUUCCUUUUUUUUUUAAUGUGUGUAUUGUGUACACCAAAAUGUGUAUGUGAAAUUUUUUGUACUAUAUAAAAUGAAAUUGGACAAGAAAACUUAUAAGAAUUAUAGUGAAUGUGUGUGUGUAUAUAUGUACAUGUAUGUAAGCCAAACCAGCUAAUUAGGCCUGAAAAGUAAGGGUCCUUUUAUGCUGAAUAAGCAGGUUUAUGCUAUAAAUCUAGAAAAAUCAAUCUGAAUAAAAAAUAUAUAAUUGAUUUUAACUGAUAUAUCAUAUAUUUAGAAGAAUUUGGCUUAAAAAACAAUUGUUAAGUUAGGUAAGGUUUGUAAGUUAAGUUUGGUCAAAAAAUUAAAAUUUUUACAUCAUUGUCAAUAAAAAAAUGUAUCUAUUAAUCCAUAAAGAAUUUUUUUGGGGGGAAAAAAGUGCAGUUUUUAAGGGAGUUUGGUGUAUUUGGCAAGUUUGGCUUAUUAGUCAACCAACACACACACGCAUAUUCAUUGCCUGCUUUGCAGCAUUUUGUAAAAAGAUUCAUGCCAUUCCCAGUUAUUAAUGCAUAAUUUUAUUAUUAUUAUUAUUAUAUAUUUUAUUAUUAUUAUUAUUAUUAUUAUUAUUAUUAUUAUUAUUAUUAUAUAUUUUAUUAUUAUUAUUAUUAUGUUAAUUGUGUUUCACAUCACAUUUAACUAAAAAUCUUGACUAUAUUUUUAUAUUUUUUGUGAACACAUUUCAUUAAAUACGUAAUUCCUAUAACCAGUGUGCUGGAUUUACCGGUUAUUGAAGAAUGUGAGUAUUGUCCACAGCAGCACUGUAAGAGUCUCAAAUACCAGUGCAAGCAAUAUAUCUUUUUUUUUUUUUUUUCCAACAAGUCGGCCGUCUCCCACCGAGGCAGGGUGACCCAAAAAAGAAAGAAAAUCCCCAAAAAGAAAAUACUUUCAUCAUCAUUCAACACUUUCACCACACUCACACAUUAUCACUGCUUUUGCAGAGGUGCUCAGAAUACAACAGCUUUGAAGCAUAUACGUAUAAAGAUACACAACAUAUCCCUCCAAACUGCCAAUAUCCCAAACCCCUCCUUUAAAGUGCAGGCAUUGUACUUCCCAUUUCCAGGACUCAAAUCCGACUAUAUGAAAAUAACCGGUUUCCCUGAAUCCCUUCACUCCAACAGAUCGUCAGGUCCCAAGUAUCAUUCGUCUCCAUUCACUCCUAUCUAACACGCUCAUACACGCUUGCAUAUAUAAUGUAACACAGAACUGUACAAUGGUAUCCAAAGAAUAGAAGAACUCUGGGAAUUUGAUCUGAUACCAAAGUUGUCAAACUUGUGAGGAAUCUAGUUUCGGCUGAAGCUUUUUGAGAAUUUAAUACAUUCAGCUCUCUUAUAAAGCUCCUUUUUAUGGUAUGACUUAUAGGGGUUUGCCAAGGUACUGGCAUCGACUUAAAACUGAGCAUCGGUUUUGAGGUAUUGGUAGAUAUCUGAUAAUUUUGAUAUCUCUGUUGGUGGUGUCAGUAUUGGAAUCGGUGUAAAAACUGAGUAUUAGUGUUUGCAAAAAUUUUGGUAUUGUCCCUUCUCUAGCGAUUUAUUUGUAAAUGUGACUGAAAAAGCCCAUCAAGACAGAAUAGGAUAUGGAAAGGUCUUUAGAUCAUGUACUGUUUAAUUUUAAAAACAUUUUUUCAGCUACAUUUACAGAACAAUAGCACUGUAGAGAAUAGCUUCAUAAGAGAGUGUAUACAGUAAUUAGUUGAUAAGGAGAGGUGAUAUUUAUCUGAGGAAAAAGGGAAUAAUUUACUAACCUCGUCUUGUACCAACUGUAUGCCUCAUAUGGGUUCAGUGUUUUAACUCCAAUUACUUAUAAUAAUUGACUCGUACCAGGACGCACUGCUUAGUUAUACUCUAUAUAAAAUUUAUAUCUGUUUUAAAACAUGUACUAUUUAAUUUUAUUAUUAAAAUAAGUUAGAAGGUUGUCAAAUAAAUUUUUGUCAUCAUUUAUUAUUGUCAUUAUUUUAUUAUUUUGCCAUGGAAAAGUGCUAAACCUGUAGGGGUCAUACAGUACCUGGGAUAUUGGAAGCAAUCAGGUUGGGGGGGGGGAAUGGAGAAUAUUUCCAGUUCCUUGGAUCAAGAGCCCUUCACCAGCAUCGAAGCACACUCCUCCCCUUCUUGAAAGGGACUCUCCAUUUGCCAUAUCAAGUGGAAUCACAGUGAAGUCAGGUGCAGUCGCAGUGAAGUCAGGCGUGGUCACAGUGAAGCCAGGUGCAGUCACAGUGAAGUCAGGUGUGGCCACAGUGAAGUCAGGAAUGGUCACAGAGAAAUCAGGUGUGGCCACAUUGAAGUCAGGUGCAGCCACAUUGAAGUCAAGUGUGGCUACAGUGAAGUCAAAUGCAGUCACAGUGAAGUCAGGGAUAACACAUUUUAGUUGUGGUAUACUCUCCUUUCUGGUGGAAUGAUUCAUAAAUAACCCACAGAUUAUAUGAUGUUUUGGGCCAUCCUGGAUUAUUAAGUUGUGACUGGACAAUGAUCUGGUAUAGACCGAAAUGUCAUCUGCAGUUUCCUCUCUAAAUUGUGGGUUGUUUGUAAGUCGCAGCUACUAUUGCGUGACUUGUAUUCGUUGAGGUGGAAUGAUCAUUGAUGUGCAUACAGAUAGUCAGCACCCAGUAGUUUCCCAACUUUGUAAGUCAUGUGUGAGUAACUUUACUCUCUCUGUGGUCUUGUGAGUAACUUCUCUUUAGUGAUUUUGUGAGUAGCUUCUUUCUCUACAGUUUUGAGUAACUUCUCUCUCAAAAGUCUUGUGUAUCGCUUUACAUCUAAAGUCUGAGUUUAACAUUUUGAAGUUCUGAACCUGAAUAAAUUACAUAUACAGUGGAACCUCAACUUGCAAGUUCCCCAACAUACAAGUUUAUCGAGUUACAAGCCGUCACUCAGUCAAUUUUUUGCUCUGAGUUAUGAGCCAAAAUCCGAGUUAUGAGCUAGCUUCAGAACGCCACCAAUAGUUGUUGCAGCGAGUGCCACAGCAUCCGCUCAGCAUUGCACAUGUUUACCUCAUCGUGGAAGCAUUUCUGUUGUGUUGUGCUUGCAUUUUGUGCAGUUAUUUUGCCAACUUUCUUUUUUCUAAAAAUGGGUCCUAAGAAAGUAAGUGCAAAGAACAGUGCUGAGAAGAAAAAGAGGAUAAUGUCCAUUGAAUUAAAAGAAAGAAAUCAUAGAUAAACACGAGCGAGGUGUGCGGGUUGUGGACUUGACCAGGCAGUACCAGCGUAGUACUUCUACAGUAUGUACGAUACUAAAGCAGGAGGAAUCGAUAAAGGCUAUAGCACCAACCAAGUGAUAAAGUGUAGCAUUAAGAGUGUAGCAAGUAGCCUAUCUUUUUCGCCCUCCACCUCCGCCAGCAUCUGCUCUCCAAGGCAAAUACGUACACUUUGUAAAACCAGUUUAUUUCUUUCCAUUCUCUAUUAAAAAUAGGUUGGAUAAAUACAAGAGUGGGUGUGAGUUGGACCUGACUAGCUUGUGCUACCAGGUCUGGUGCCAUGCUCCUUCCUUAAGUGGAAGUGACCCGACUAGGUGGUCAUUGUUCUAAGCCAGGGGGUGGCAAGGACCUGCUUCGCAUGGGUCAGUAGGCCUGUUGCAGUGUUCCUUCUUUCUUAUGCUCCUAUUGUGUUUUAUUAUAUUUUGAACAAUAUUUUUUAUUUAUAAGUACAUUGUUUCAGUUUUCCUUAUGAAACUAGUGAUCUAGUGCAGUUAGCCUCACAAGCACUCCCUUUUCAGAAGGGGAAGAAUGGGAAGAUAUGGUCAGAGCAGGAACAGGAGUGGCCACCAUCACUCGUCACAUAAUGACAUAUUUUAUUCAUUUUGGAGUAUAUAUCAUGUUUCUAUGUUAUUUAUAUUGUUUAUUAUGUCAUAUUAGAUCAAUUGUGAUAGAUAAUUAAGCAUUAUAUUGAAGUAUUUUCUCCUACCUCCCGAGAGCAGGAAUUCUGCUGGAACAGAUUAAUGGCAUUUCAAUUAAUUUCAAUGAGGAAAAUUGAUUUGAUAUAUGAGCAAAUUGAGUUACAAGCUAGGUCAUGGAAUAGAUUAAACUUGUAAGUCAAGGUACCACUGUACAUAUACUUAUUAGCAAAGAGAAAUAUAUGUAAAAUAUAUUGUACAAUAUUACUUAAAAUAUUUUUUUCCAAUACUGUAUAUCUUUUUACUUAAGGUUGAAACUAUUGCUUUGGUGUGCAGUUUGACCAUCUUUUUGUCUUCAGAAAUACAUGUAUGAUAAUUUCUAUUAUUGUACAUAUUAUUAGGUCUUCCUGAGCCAUUAUUACAACAACUGUGAACUAAAUUCUGUGUAUGUUAAAUAUUCCUGGUUGAAAGAGGGUCAAAGAGUAAGUCACAAUGACGAUGAUCACUGAAAUUAUCGUCAUUUAGACCUCAGGUAAGCUAUACCAUCUGCAGUGCAGGAUAAGAGCCACUUCUUAACCUCAAAUUUUUUUUUGCAGACCCAUGUGGUAAUACAAAAAUUUUAAUUUAGGCUCCGUCAGUUUAAGAAAAUAAGCAAUGACAAAAAGUCUUAGGAACUCAGUAAUGCUUUGUGUGUUCCUUGCAAUAAGUCAGUGGCUCCCCAUAGGUCUGUAGUUUCUAAGAUGAGAUCCACUUCUCUAGACCAUGUAGCUUCAUCCGUUCAUAAUAAGUAAGUGUCAAUCAGAAAAUUUGUACAAAACAUCAUACUGAUAUAAUGGCAAUGAAAUAAGGAUGUAAGUAUGUAUAUAUUUAGAACACUGUCCUUUUAUAUGAUAUACAUACAGCUUUGUCUCGAUUAGUGUGGAUUUCAGUUUAGUGCAAAGUUAAUCAAUGAUAGUUUUUCCCCCUAAUUUGAAUACGUAGUGCGAAUUUUAAUAAUACAACCACCUCACGGGAUGCAUUAUUUGCACUAAUCAAGACAAAGCUACAUGGGUUUUAUACCAUUUAUAAUUAGUUGAAAAAGGUUGUCCAUAUUCACACUUUCAAUUGCUUCAUUUUGACUUAAUACCAGAUACAGUUGCUUGAAAACAGUAUGGUUAUAUCUUGGUUACAUUCAGCUGGAAGUAAACCUGAUUUUAACUUUAUGCAUCUGUUGAUAUUUUUGGUUGUUACUUCUGACAGCUGUGGUCACAUGAGCUGCAGUUACCAACAGCCUGAUUGGUCAGAAAUCAUACUACAAUUGUUGGAUGGAGACUAGAGCCUCCACCACUCCUUUUGCAGAAUGACUCAUGUUUAAUGAAAAACAGUACAGCAAUGCAGUCUCAUGAUGCUAGUGUCACAUACAUUAUAUAUUGCUGUUUACCUGCUGAUAAUAAACCACAGAAUGGGUGGGAUUUGAACCCCUGUCAAGUGAGUCCUAAAAUUCACAGGCCAGUGCCUUAACCACUUAGCCAGUUUGCAGUCAUGUUAUGACUUCAAGAGUCAUAAAGUGCUGUUGAUAACAGCCUGUUUACUCUGCAGGUAAAAGCUGUUAUGAAUACAAUUCAUAAAGCUGUGUAGAAACAGAUUCACAACCUACAAAUGGGAGAUAAAUCUCUAUAUGACAUUUUGGCCCACAACAGACUGAAACAUUGGAUUAGUUGUGAGUUGUUCCAGCUGUGUUGUACUGAUUUUUUUCUUUUUCAUUGAUAGUUUAAGCUCACUAAAGCAAGAUGUAGUUAUCAUGUGACCAUGUGUAUUACGCUAUGAUGAAAAAUUUUAAACUGUAAGAAUCUGUACAAAUACACUGAUAUUUUUUAUUAAUUUUAAGUAUUUUAUUGAGUGUUCUAAUUUAAAAUUAAUUGAUAUAUACUGUGAGGAGUAAUGUUUAGGACAUUACAAAAGUAACUGCCACAAUAUUGUUUCUUUUACAUUACUAGUAUUUAUUUAAGGCAGCAGUCUGCAUUAAAAAAAAAAAAUUACUUAAAAUAAUACGCAGGUACAACAUCAAUUUUCCGGAUACAGAUGGUCCAGAAACUCUUAUAAUUCAUACAUAUUUACGAGCAGGAACUUGACAUUCCCGCAGCAGUGUAUUUACCACCCAAGUGUGUCACUUAUCCAACCCCAAGACCAAGGAAUACUGCACUCUCUGAAGGCAGAAAACUCAGUAAUUCGGAAAGACUUUGGAACCAAAGGGUCUGAAAAAUUAAUGUUGUACCUGUGCCCUAUAUGUCACACGUAUGUGUGUCUGUAAGCAAUGAAAAGAAAUGUAUAAAAAUCAACUAUGAGGAUACUAGUGAAAAAAUUUGUAACUUAUGUGGAAAGUUAUAAAAAUUUCACCUGCUUCCUAAUAUUUCAUAGCUGUUUGAUAUUUUGAAAUUGUUAAGCUAGUGAGGAUAACUGUAGGAGAGAUUGAUAUUUCUGGUGCUAAAGCUUCACUUUGUACAUUGUAAUUUGUAGGAUGCUGUGGGAUUAGAUAUUGUCAUUGUUGUUAAAGUGUCUGUUGCAUUACAGUCAUUUUUAUCACACUUAGAUUUGACCCUAAUCUUCACUAAACAAGAUACAAGUUUUUUCAACAUCAUGAUAUUCAGUAAUGAAAGUUAAAAUUUUUUUUUUAUAGCAUUUGUACAUUGUGGUCUUGCUGUUACAUAAAUGAAAUAUUUAUGAAUGGUUUGCGCAAAGAUAUAAUAUAAGUAAGACAAGAUGAGAGUAUGGAUGGGCAUUUUGUAAAAAUAAAUAUAAAUAUAAAGACUCUCAGAUAAGUAUGAAAAAUAAUUUGAAACCAUAUUUUUUUAAUAUAGUGAUAAUUGUGCUUUUUUUUUUUUUACUUGACCAGAUUAUUUAAAUUUACUAAUGUUGCAUUAAUUUAUAUAGUAGUAUACUACUUUGCCAAGCCAUAUUUGACACCACGUUCAGUGACUUUUUUUGGAAACUACUGAACAGCAAAGAAAAUGUCAGACAUCUCUGGCCCUCUGUUGCUCGUACAUCUGCUGGUGUCACAACAAGGUCAUGUGAUCAAAAUAAUGCCUUAUUAGAAGUACUAUACUGGCCUUCCAAAUGUUUUGAUAACUUAUUAAAUGUAGCUUCACAUUUAAGUGUGUUAACAUUCACAUAUGGUACUCACACACAUGGAGGGACACAGAUUUCACUGUUAUAAGUAGUGACAUUAUAGGUACUGUAUUGAAAAUUUUGGGCUUAAAUUAAAAGUAAAAAUAUCAGUAUCACGAAUCUCCAUGCUAUACCCCCGUACUGUAUAUAACAAAUAAUUUAUUAUUUUAUUUCCUGUGUUCUACAAAGUUAACAAAAAUGAAUUACAAAUACUGUACAGUAACAAGAACACACAUUUUAAGAGAUUUUUAUUCAGUUAUUAUGAAAAUUAUUAUCAACUUUGUUAUAAAUAUGUAGAUUCUUUUUUUGUAUAUGCUACUUUAGCUUUCACAUGUAUGGUGCUUUACGAUGAAGUCAAACUGCCAUUGGUAAUAUUUAUUCCAACCCAAAACUAUCUGACAUUGAUAAUGCAGAAAGAGUGGCAGAGGGGUGAUUAUGUACAUAGUGUAUAGUGACUCCUUUAAGCCUUAACCUUAAUAGUUCAACAUGUAUUACAUAAUAAAUGUAUUGUAAAAA